AGAGAUUUGGGACCAUCAGCUCAUUUUAAGACGAAGACUCAUUGAAUUGGAAGUCUUUCUGAUGCUACGCCUUAUACGACACGCAAGACUUGUCCAGGUUUACUGCUAUAUAAGUAGUAUGCCCUGCAUCAAUUACACCCAUCAACAAACAAAAUAAUCAACUCACAAUCAAUUAAUUAGCAGUAUAUGAUGAUGCUUCCCAACAAAAUAUUCUCGUUAUUACUUCAGUUUUUCACUCUCUUGUACCUCGUUACAAUUACUUUUGCUUCCACUGAGGAAGCAACAGCUCUGCUUAAAUGGAAAUCUACUUUCAAGAACCAGAAUAACUCCUUACUGGCUUCAUGGCAACCAAGUUCUGAUUCAUGCAACGACUGGUACGGAGUUUCAUGCAUUAAUGGUAGGGUAAACACGUUGAAUAUCACGAAUGCUAGUGUCUUUGGUACACUCUAUGCUUUUCCGUUUUCAUCUCUCCCUUUUCUUGAGUAUCUUAAUCUUAGCAUGAACAAUUUGUCUGGCACCAUCCCACCUGAGAUUGAGAAUCUGAAAAACCUAAAUAAUCUGACAUUAUCCAAUAAUCAACUUACUGGUUCAAUUCCGUCUUCCUUUGGAAAUUUGAGAAACUUGCAAACUUUGUUUCUCGACCGCAACAAUUUGAUUGAGGAAAUUCCUUCAUCUAUUUGUAAUUUGACAUCACUGAAAGUCCUGUAUUUGUCGAGAAACACCUUGAAAGGAAAAUUUCCGCAAUGCUUGGGUAAUAUCACUGGCCUCCAGUAUGUGAUGAUGUCACACAAUAAUCUCAGUGGAGAGCUCCCUCCGUCUAUUUGCAAUUUAACAUCACUACAAAGUCUAGAUUUGUGUAGAAACAAUCUAAUGGGAGCAAUUCCGCAAUGUUUUGGCAACAUGAGUGAUCAUCUUGAGGUUCUUGAUAUGAAGAACAACAAUCUUUCCGGUACUCUUCCAACAACUUUUAGCAUUGGAAGUGCACUAAGAAGCUUAAAUUUGCAUGGAAAUAAGCUAGAGGGAAAAAUUCCACGAUCCUUGGAAAAUUGCCAACGACUGGAAGUUGUUGAUUUAGGGGACAAUCUCCUCAAUGAUACAUUUCCAAUGUGGUUGGGAACUCUUCCUGAGCUGCGAGUUUUAAGCUUGAAGUCGAAUAAGUUGCAUGGACCCAUUACAACUUCAGGAAGUGAAUACAUGUUUCUUGAGCUUCGAAUCUUUGAUCUCUCUCGCAAUGAUUUUUCCAAAAAUUUGCCGACGAGUUUGUUUCAACAUCUGAAAGCCAUGAGGACAACUGAUCAAACAUCGAAGGAACCAAGAUAUCUUGGAGAUUCAUAUUACCAUGAUUCUGUUAUGGUUUCAACCAAGGGGCUGGAGCUUCAACUUCUUCGAAUUUUGACUAUUUACACAGCCAUUGAUCUUUCAAAUAACAAAUUUGAAGGAUACAUUCCAAGUAUUUUGGGAGAUCUCAUUGCGCUCCGAGUUUUGAAUUUGUCUCAUAAUGGAUUGCAAGGUCAUAUUCCACCAACACUUGGAGAUUUAUCUGUAGUUGAGUCAUUGGACCUAUCAGGUAACCAGCUUGUAGGAGAGAUACCAGCACAGUUUGCUUCUCUUACAUCUCUCGAAGUCUUAAAUCUCUCCUACAAUCAUCUCGAAGGGUGCAUUCCUCAAGGAAAUCAACUUCAUACCUUUGAGAACAAUUCAUAUGAAGGUAAUGACGGAUUACGUGGAUUCCCACUUUCAAAAGGUUGUGGUAAUGACGGUCAUGAUUCAGCAUCGGAGGAAACUAAUGCCAGAUCUGCGCUUGAUGAAGAAAGCAACUCUGAAUUUCUGAAUGAUUUUUGGAAGGCCGCUCUUAUGGGGUAUGGAACCGGACUUUGUAUCGGACUAUCCAUAAUAUAUAUCUUGAUCUCAACUGGAAAUAUGAAAUGGCUUGAAAGAAUCGUC